AUGUCGCUUGUGGCGUAUCCGCCGCUUCCCAUAUUCGACUUAGAUACAGAUCCAGCACGAUCGUUUCCUUUCCUUCUGGAAUUCACGAAGGAUCUUUCUCUGCCGCAUUCCUUCGAGAAUGGAAGAGUGGUAGGAUCUUCCCCGUUUGCGUUCCGCGAACCCGGGUUGUGGAACUACGUUGAUGUUGAUCUCGAUAACUUGAUGUUUUCUGAGCUUGGCGACUUAACUGCGUCUGAGCAAUACGUAGAGCAACCUGUGUCCUUUGACAUUGAGCACUACUCUCUGGAAGGGCCUUUACACGAGGGAGAAUUUCUCUUUCCUCCAUUCGAUUCUACCGUCUCCUUGGACGGUGCCCAAACUUGGAAAUACGACCCACUAGCGAUGAAGGCCUUUGAGAUCGUUCAGGCAAUUGAAAGAUCAGCUCACAGUCCCAAAACCGACUCCCCAAACAUAUCCGAAUGCUCAACUUCGACAGAGAUGUCAUGCACCAAUUUCUUCUCACCUCAUCAGCUUCGUAAAUUCCUGGAUACAUACUGGGAAAGAUGGUAUCCAAAUUGGCCAACAAUUCACAGACCACUGUUCGACCCUCUACGCACCCCGAGCUUCCUUAUUGCAGCAAUGGCUAUCAUGGGCGCAUGCCACUCGCAAGAGCCGCAGGAGCGCGCGAACUCGAAGUUUUGGGCAAAUGUUGUUGAGAAAUUCGUCUUCGAAGAAUUAGAACAAAUCGAAGCCGAGACGUUUAAGGUCGAUCAAAGACACACAAUCCAGCUACUUCAAGCGGCUUGCAUUAUGUGUAUCUACCAGCAUUGGAACGGCACAAAGGCGAGUAAGAAGAGAAUAAGGCGCCAGCGCUUUAUGACUCUCGUCAGCGUUUGUCGUGAUGUUGGAAUAUCUCGCGCUACUCAUCGGGACUACCGCUUCAUAUCGCAAGCUGAUUUUGACUGGCGAAGCUUUGUUGAGACGGAAGAGAUGAUCCGGACCUUUAUCUGGAUUUACAUGAUCGAUACUGCUUUUGUGAUCUUCAACAACUUCCCACCGCGAAUGGUGUUGGGAGAAUUAAGGAUGGAUGUGGCUUCCCCCGAAAGAUGCUUCCAAGCCUCUUCUGCGGAGGAGUGCUUCUUGGGUAUUCAAUGGUGGCUGUGCAAAACGCAGAGGAAACAGGCACAGACCCCUUCGUCGUUGCUAGACUUCAUCCGUGCUUUCUGUCGAGAUGAGAUUGACGCAUCGUUCACCGAUAUUUACGCCCACGAAGCAUAUAUGAACUAUUUUGCUGUUACGUCUGCGUUGCAUGUCCUCAUGUUCAACAUGGGAAAUGGAAUCAUUGACGACAUUAAACAGAGGCUAGGUCCCGUUCGAAGAGGUCUUAAGAACUGGCGAGCAGUGUGGAAUCGCCGUCUAGCUAUCGACCGGUCAAAUAAAGGCACAAUUGCUUCGUUUGACAUUUCUAUUGAGCCCGAAACAGAAGCAUGUGGCAGUCAGGACGAGCUCAAUAUCGUGACAAGAACGGACCACGAGCUUUGCCACAGCGAAGAUUGGCGUAGACCUGGGUUCUGGCGCCACGCCUCCGAGUACUGGUUGCUUUGUCGAGUUUUCUUGGAACGAAUGGAAUCUACUCAAAAGGGCCUGGAGGCAGCCGAGAAUCUUUCGGGUCAGGGCAGCGCCAGAUCUCGUGUUGAGAGUAAGAUCCUGGCCCGGUACGAUGAGACGGAUAUGGAGGAGCUGCACAGAUUUCUGCUUAUAUGUGCCGGCAAAUGA